UUACAUUUGAUAGAGCAGAGAAAGCAAGAUCUUUUUGUGUCAUUGGCAAGAAGGCACAGCAAAUCUUUGUAGAAAUGAAUGUGAAGGGUAUAAUGAAGGGUGAUGUUGGAGCUGGAAACAUCAACUGGGUGGUUAAGGAAGAUGGUGAAGAUAACAGUGAUUCAACUUCCAUUGGAUCCAUCUCAGAAGAUUCAAUGGAUUCUAUGUGUUCAUCUACAUCAGAGUUGACAGAGGAUGCAUCCUCUUCAACAUCUUCUUCAUCAUCAUCACAUUCAAAUGGACCUUUAUAUGAACUAUCAGAGCUCAUGAACCAUCUCCCUAUAAAGAGAGGGUUGUCUAUGUUUUAUCAAGGGAAGGCUCAGUCUUUCACUUCAUUAGCUGGGGUGCAAAACUUAGAAGAUCUUAUUAAGAAAGGCACUCCUUACAGAAAGAGAAUGAAGUCAUGCAAAAGUUAUGGGGGAGGCUUGGAUAGCCAUAGAAUAUCCUACACUCCAAAGGCUACAAUAUCAAAGAAAACAUCAAGAGGGUAUUUUGCAUCUGCACUAUGCAAAAGGGGGAGUUUCAUUGGAGGAUCUAGGCCUAAUUCCAUUGUUGUACACAAAAACUUCUGAAUUUUUACCCAGUUAGAGC